AAUUGAUGGAUCACACAGCUUUAAGAGUAUGAGAAGGAGAAAGCUUAUUUUCAACUUUCCAGGAAAAGAAUAACCAGUUUUUGCCAUUGAAGCAGAAGAAGAAGCAUCAUCUAAAUUGGAUAUCUCUUAACUACAAUCAAGAAGCUGCAAAGAAAUGGAUCUCUCUUCAGCCAAAUGGUUGUCUGAACUGGUAAUGGAUGAGUACAACAUCAUUCAUCAAUGUCAUAUGGAUUCUCUUUCGGAGCUAACCAAUACACAAGACAUAGCAGCUGCUUUGGAAGGGAGCUUAAAACAAUCUUUCUCAUCCGAGAACAAUUCCUCUUACCCAAUUUUCACUACCAAAAACACUUCAACAACUUUCAGUGGUUCUUCAAAUGAAACAUCUCAAACGAGCUUUGAAAGAUUCACCAAGCAACUUAAGACGACUAACAGCUGGAGCUCUUGCACCACCGCCGAGCACAUAUCGCCGAAUAAUUCUCCACAAGCUUCUCAUUUCCUUUCUUUCGAGCAAUCGAAUUGCUCUCUGAAGCCGCCUAAGGACGAGACAGUGACUUCUGGGAAUUGUCAUUUCCAGCAUUUGGAUCCUAAGAAUUCCUUGGAAAGCCAAAAUCACGGGACUAAAAGGUGUUAUUCAAUGACAAGAACUCCUUCGUUGGCUCAUGAUCACAUUAUGGCUGAAAGAAAGCGAAGAGAAAAGCUUAGCCAGCGAUUUAUAGCUCUUUCAGCCAUUGUUCCUGGCCUAAAGAAGAUGGACAAAGCUUCUGUUCUUGGAGACGCUAUAAGGUAUGUGAAAGAGCUUCAAGAACGUGUGAAAGUCCUCGAGGAGCAGACCAAGAAGAGAACGGUGGAGUCAGUAGUUUUUGUGAAGAAGUCUCAGGUAACUUCAGAAGAUGAAAUCUCAUCUUCUGAUGAGAAUUUCGAUGGAACCUCCGAUGCAGCACUUCCAGAAAUUGAAGCAAGAGCUUCAGAUAAAGAUGUCCUCAUCCGAAUCCACUUCGCGAGGCAAAAAGGGUUCCUCCCAAAAAUAUUAACCGAAAUUGAGAAUCUUCAUCUUUCCAUUGUCAAUAGCAGUGUCUUGCCCUUCGGAAGUUCCACUCUUGAUAUAACCAUAAUCACCCAGAAGAAUGAAGAAUUCAGCAUGACAAUGAAGGAUCUCGUGAAAGAACUAAGAAUGUCUUUAUUGAAGUUUAUGUGACAUGAUAGACUAUGUAGAUGAGAAAUACGUGUAUAUCUGGGUAAGUAACGCUUUAGCACAUGAAGUACUUUUUAGAUCUUAAGAGAGAAACUUGAGCCUGAAAAAUCUCUCCAUUUUUUCGACCAUGUCUACCAUUUUCAAUGCUUAUUUUCCGCAAGUUUCAAUUUGCUGGAGGGUUUUUUCUGCUUGUUUUUGCGUGGUUCACAAAUGUUAAUAAACCACGUUGAUCGAAUUAUCCACAUCGAUUGACGAACAAAAUUUCAUGGUCUUAAUUUCUACAGAGAUAUAAGCAGGCAUUCUCUCGAGAGAUUGGAUGUCGCGUUUUUUGAGGGUUAUUGUGAAAUUUGCUUCUUUGGUUUAUGUUCAAAAUCUCUUAUUAGAACUGUGAGGGAGUUGUGAUAUUUUUUAUUUUCGUUUGUUAAUGUAACUUUCAACUCAUUUAAUUCAGUUUUUUCUUCUAAGUUUUCAGUUUGAGUAAUUGGUUACUAUUUGUUUAUGUUGUUGGAGUAAAUGGUAUUUAUGAAUUGUGCAG